CCGCACGUCGCGUCGGUCGUUUUAUUUUUUUGCUUUGGUUGUUCGUAGGUUGCUCUCGUGCUUGCCUACCCGAUCCUGGGCAGCAGCAGCAGCAACAACAUGAACACAACCGCCGCAAUGAUUGCCCACAUGGCUCCCGAUCGCAACACCACACCAGAGCAAUUGGCCAAGCUGAUUGAUGUGCAUUUGGGAGAUUUGCACGAGGCCGAUCCCAACUGGACGCUGGCCGCAUCGGUGGUGGCCGGACGUGGGGUAUUUGCCACACGGGACAUUGCCCGCGGGGAGCUCAUAUUUCGCGAACGCGCUUUGGUGGUAGGUCCGACAGCCCGCAAGGGCGCCCAGUUGAAUACCUGUGUAUGCUGUCAUUGCCUGUUGCCGGCCCAGGGAUUUCUCUGUGCGCAUCGUUGUACGCUGCCCGUGUGCGGACCGUGCUCCGACUCGGAGACCCAUCGCGAGGAGUGCCAACACUUUCAACGCUGGCAGCCAAUCGAUGCAGUUCCCGAGGGCGCGGAGCCGUCGGGGGCGGAGCAGAUCAACCCACUGUCGCUGCGGAUACUAACAGCGGUGCGAGUCUUCCAUCUGGGACAACAGCAGCGGUCUCUGGUGGACGCCAUGCAGGCGAAUGCCGAGCGCGGCUACCGUCAGGAGAUCAUUAAGGCGGCGCAAUGUUUCCGAAACUUCCCCACCACCGAUAAGCCGUUCAUGGAUCAACUGUUUCGCAUUGUCGGGGUCCUCAAUACGAAUGCCUUCGAGGCGCCCUGUCGCGUCGAUGGCCACGAGACGCUGCUGCGCGGCCUAUUCCCGUUGACGGCGAUCAUGAAUCAUGAGUGCACACCGAAUGCCAGUCACUACUUUGACAACGGACGAAUGGCGGUGGUGCGGGCAGCCCGUGACAUUCCCAAGGGUGGUGAGAUCACCACCACCUACACCAAAAUCCUUUGGAGCAAUCUGACCCGUGGCAUAUUCCUCAAGAUGACGAAGAAUUUCAUGUGCGAUUGCCCUCGGUGUAAUGACAAUACUGAGAAUGGCACAUAUCUGUCGGCUCUGUUCUGCCGGGAGCAGGGCUGCAAGGGUCUUGUGAUACCCGUCCAAACGAAGACCAUGCAGCCGGACUGGCGUUGCCUGAGCUGUGAGAAUGUCUUUCCGCAUGCGAAAAUGGCCCGGUAUCAGGACUUCGCCCUGAACACCAUCAACAAUCGGAUCAACUCCAGCAGCGUUCAGGAUAUGAUACAUUUCAUCAACGAGCUCUGCCCACGGUUUUGUCCGUCCUCCAACUAUGUGCUAAUUGAGGCCAAAUUAAAUGUAAUCUGGCGGAUGACACGCUUCAACGCAGAACAAUAUACAGACCAGGAGGUGGCCCACAAGGAUCGAUAUCGGGAGGAGAUACUGGCCAUACUGCAUAAGUUGGGUGCCGGCGAGUGUACGCUGAAGAAGCUCAUCACCGAGGAGAUACAGUGAGAGAAAGCGGGAUAGAGCAUCAUUUCAAAAGUCAAUCUGUGUGCCUGUGUGUGUGCGUCUGUGUGUGUGUGAGUGUGAGAUGUUCUCUUAAUUAGAAAUAGGAAAACCAUUUUCUUUGCCUUCCUAAGACAUGUUGUUGACGUUUUUUUUAUGUUUUCCUCAUUAAUUUUUUUUUGUUUUUCGUA